GUGUGUGUGUGUGUGUGUGUGUGUGUGCACGCGCGCGUGCAGAGGAUUGAAGUGGGAGAACUAGAGAAAGAAGAGAGACAAACAUUAACGACAGGAGGAGACACAGCGGGAGGAUGAAGAGAGACGAAGGGUGAGCGAGCGAGAGAUAGUGGGAGAGGAGAGAGAGAGAGAGAGAGGGGAGUGUGUAUAGGUGGAGAGAUGAGGAGAUAGAACGACAGAGAGAGAGAGAGAGAGAGAGAGGAGAAUCCAGACACAAUAAGAAGACAAAGAGGAGGAGCAGGCGAGCGAGCGGCCGAGAGACCAUGCUGCGGAGGAAGAGGAGCGUGUCGUUCGGAGGCUUCGGAUGGAUUGAUAAGUCCACCGUCAGCGCCCUGAGAGCUCGUAAACAGGACCUCCUGACCAUCUCCAAUGAUCCUGUGGCCGACUGCCCCCCCUCACCCCCCCGCACCGCACCCCCCACCAUGAAGUCGGCUCAUUUCUUUGACCUGAUGGAGCAGGUGCCGGAGGCUGCGGAGAUGAAGACGAUCCCUCAGAGACAGAAGGACGACUACAUUCCGUAUCCGAGGAUCGAGGAGGUGUUGGAGAGGGGGGGCCCGUACCCUCAGGUGAUCCUGCCUGAGUUCGGAGGUUACUGGAUCGAGGAUCCCGAGGCUCCUCCCACCUCGCUGGGGAGCAGGUCGGGGGAGGAGGAGGAGGAGGAGGAGGAGGAGGAAGAAGACACAGCCGCAGGGGAUUAUGGGUACCGCCUGGAGGAGACCAACGAGGCGCCGCGGUCGUACAGGAAGCACUUCUUGGGCAGGGAACAUUUAAACUUCUCCUGUUCGCUCAGCUCUCUGGGAAACCUGCUGCUGUCUGUGAGACACGAGCAGGAGCAGGAGCAGGAGCACCUCCACGUCAUCGUCAGGUCUCGGCUGAAAAGCGUUUAUCACAGAUUGUCACUGUCCGAGCUGCCGGACAUCCCCAGUGUCCCAGAGCUGGCAAAGCUGCUGUGUGACGAGGCGGCAGGUCUGCGCUUCAGUCCCGUCCUCUACCCGAAGGCGUCGCAGCUGAUCGUCAACUACGACGAGCACGAGGUCAACAACACCUUCAAGUUCGGAGUCGUCUUCCAGAGGUUUGGACAGGUGUCGGAGGAGGAGCUGUUCAGGAACAACGAGGAGACGUCGGCCUUCACCGAGUUUCUGCAGCUGCUGGGAGAGACAGUGGAGCUGCAGGACUUUAAAGGGUUCCGGGGGGGUCUGGACGUGUCCCACGGUCAAACGGGCUCUCAGUCCAUCUACACCGUCCACAGGCGGCAGGAGAUCAUGUUCCACGUCUCCACCAAACUGCCGUUCACUGAGGGAGACGCACAGCAGCUUCAGAGGAAACGUCACAUAGGAAACGACAUUGUGGCGGUGGUGUUCCAAGAGGAGGCCACGCCCUUCGUCCCCGACAUGAUCGCCUCCAACUUCCUCCACGCCUUCGUCCUGGUGCAGGCGGAGGAGCCGUGUUCUGACAACACCACCUACAAGGUGUCCGUCACAGCACGAGAAGACGUCCCUCCGUUUGGCCCGCCCCUCCCGAAUCCGGCCGUCUUUACGAAGGGUCCAGAGUUCAGGGAGUUUCUUCUCACGAAGCUCAUCAACGCAGAGUUGUCCUGCUACAAGAGCGACCGCUUCGCCCGACUGGAGGAGCGUACCCGCGCCGCCCUGCUGGACACCCUCCACGACGAGCUGCACAGACGCUCCCAGAGCAUGCUGGGUAUUACAUCGGGUCCUGAGGAUGAGGGUCGGGGUGAGAACGGACACGCCCACGGAGGACUGCUGGAGUCCAUCAAGAGGGCGAUGCGAGGACGGAGCGUCUCCAUGGAGACGAUGUCCCGGGGCGCGGCGGGUCUGCCCACCAGUCUGAGUGGCGGGGGUCUGGCUCACAUCAGCACAGAGUGUAACGUGAGAUCCCCGGUGAAGCGGCGCUCGGGGCUUUUCCCUCGUCUGCUGAGUGUCGACAGUCAAACGGAGAAACACAACCAGAGAAGUCUCUACAGCGAGCAGAGGAGCUUCGACGGCUGCCAGCCCACACUGGAGGUGAGGUCAGAGUUGCCGUCCAAUCCCAGCUCUCCAGAGGCGGGAAAACUGGACAGGAUUCACAUGAGGAAGGAGAGCAGUAAGAUUUCCAGAUCGACGUCCAGCACCUGCAGCUUCAGCCUCGCAGCUGACGACACUCACCUGGUCGCUCAGGCUGCAGAGGGUCAAAGUUCAAGUCCGCUCAUCGUCUGCCGCAGCCCCACAGAGAUGAGAAAUAAAAACUCUCCCAGAUCCAACCUCAAGUUUCGAUUCGACAAGCUGAACCACUCUGCUGCACAGGGUCAUUAGCCGGAGGGCGGCAGCAGUGAGACGAGGUCACGUGAGCUGAGGAGAUGUCCGGUCCUGGUCUCUGGUCUCUGGUCUCCUACAUCUGACCUCUGACCUCUGACCUCUGACCUCUGACCUGUCCUCGGCUGACACCAGAAUCCGUCCGAACUCCCCCUGGUCGUUUCUUUGUGUGAAACUUUAUCGACAACACCGGGGAAACUGUACAUUCACUGUGGUGGAAAGUAACCACGUACUUUUCCUCUAAUUCUGUUAUUAAGUAAUUUACUUGAAAAAAUUUCUAGCUUGACGGGAAAUAUACUUUUGACUUUUCACUAUGUUUGAUUUCUAAUAAAUGUGUUGUAAUUGAUUACGAUGAAACUUUAUUGAUUGUGCAUGAAUAUCAUUCAGACAUAAUUCUGAAACUAUUCUGCAUCACGAGUACUUUUACUUUUGGUACUUUGGGUCUAUUUUGAUGAUAACAGUUUUUUAACUUGGGUACGUUUUUGAGUAUUUUUACACUGUGGUAUUAGUACUUUUCCUGAAGUACUCUGAUUACUUUCCCCAUCACUGGUUACAGUAGAUGUAUAUCUAUCACAUGUUCUUUGUAAAACACUUGUUUCCAGUUUCCCUCACUGACGUCCCACCUGCCAACAGCCGCCAUCUUUACACUGUAACUGUCACUUUACACUGUAACUUCACAGCUUCUUUAUCUGCCUUCCAUUUACUGCAGAAGCAGAGAGGUAAUAACUGUUCAUAAUCAGUUUAUAAUGUUGUAAUAACUGUUUAUUUGUGUUUAUAAACGUUUAUAAAGACGUAGUAACUGGUUUCUCACAGACUGUGAUGCAGCUGUAAUCAGAUCGAAGUCAUUAUUAACUCAUCUUGUAACAACAGAGUCAUUUAAAUCAACGACAAGCUGUGAUAUAGUAAACGUCCUGACUACAGUUCGUGUGUUGAUCACUGUGUAUGAACGAUGAAUAGGAAGCACUGUAGCCACACCCAUCAGUGAUGUCACAGGCUACUGAAGUACACCGCUACGCUCACGGCCCCGAGGCGAGGAGUCGAAAACCGCUGGCAGUCAGCGGCUCCCUGUCCUCCGGUCAGCCGCUCGGACGUGAUGUCACAUGAGUGACGGCGUGAACGCAGACGAUGAUGCGCUGCGUUCACACGGGACAUUUACUCCCCGAUGCACUGGCUGUAUAGAGAUCUGUUCAAAUGAAUAAAAGAAGAAAGAGUGAGAAAGAUGACAGAGAAAAAACAUUUUUAUUUUCUCUUUAUAACAUGUAAGCUAACUGUUGUCUGUUAGCACUGAGGCUAAAGGCCCCCAGGGGCCACAUCAUUACUGUCCACAUGAUUUAAUCACACAGCACUGAAGUAGAGCAUCAGCUGGUCAUCCAUCCUCCAUCCUCCGCCUCCAGGAUCUGCUUUUAAGACCUGAACUGUUUUAUUUUCCAUUUGUUUUUUUGGUAUUUUUAGUUGUGCUUUAUGUAAUUGUUUCUGUUUCUAAGGGGCUGAAAACCUUGUGUGAGUAACUGUGAGGCCGCAACCUUCCACGUUCUUCAUCAUCACCAAAUCUGACUGUUGGUUCGUUCAACUGUCGACUGAUUGUUUGGUGAAUAAAAUGUGACUAUUCCUUGA